UAGACUGAGCGACAGAAGAGCUGCAGUCGAGACAAGUCUGUUUUCUCUGAAGGAAAACUAAACUGAAUCCAUCAGGUUUUUCUCAACAACACAGCAGAGUCGGAUCCAAACACUGUGUGUCGACAUGUCUGCUGCCAGCUGUCUGCUGACUGAGGAUCAGUUUCUGUGCUCCAUCUGUCUGGAUGUGUUCACUGAUCCAGUCGCCUUACCAUGUGGACACAACUUCUGUAACAAAUGCAUCACUGAACACUGGGAUGUUAAUGUCCAGUGCCAGUGUCCCAUCUGUAAAAGACUUUACAACACAAGACCUGAGCUGCAUGUAAACACUUUCAUCUCUGAGAUGGCUGCUCAGUUCAGACAGUCAGUUCAACAGGAAACCAGCAGCAGCAGCUCAGAGCAACAAGCUGCCAAACCAGGAGAAGUUCCCUGUGACGUCUGCACUGGAACCAAACUGAAGGCCCUGAAGUCCUGCCUGGUUUGUCUGGCCUCCUUCUGUGAGACUCACCUGGAGCCUCAUCUGACAGUGUCAGGCCUGAAAAGACAUCAGCUGAUCGACCCUGUGGAGAACCUGGAAGACAGGAUGUGUACGAAUCACGAUAAACUGCUGGAGCUGUUCUGUAAGACCGACCAGAUGUGUGUCUGCAUGCUCUGCACCUAUUCAGACCACAAGUCUCAUGAUGUUGUUCCUCUGAAAGAAGAAUAUGAAGGAAAGAAGGCUGAGCUGAAGGAGACAGAGGCUGAAAUUCAGCAGAUGAUCCAGAAGAGACGACUGAAGCUUCAGGAGAUCAAACGCUCAGUGGAGCUCAGUAAAGAACGAGCAGACAGAGAAACAGCAGAAGGUGUUCAGGUCUUCACUGCUCUGAAGGAGUCUGUUGAGAGAGGCCAGGCUGAAUUCAUCAGGACGAUCAAAGAGAAGCAGAGAACAAGAGAGAAACAGGCUGAAGACUUCAUCAACGAGCUGGAGCAGGAAAUCUCUGAGCUGAAGAAGAGAAGCAGUGAGGUGGAGCAGCUCUCACUCUCUGAAGAUCACCUCCACCUGAUCCAAAGCUUCUCAUCCCUGAACACUGCUCCACCCACCAAGGACUGGACAGAGGUCAGCUUCUGUCCUCCAUCAUAUGAGUUGAUUGUAAGCAGAUCUGUGAUUCAGCUGGAGCAGACGCUCAGUAAACAGAUAAAGAAGGUGUUAGAGGUUGAGCUGAAGAAGGUCCAGCAGUAUGCAGUGUAUGUGAUACUGGAUCCUGAUAUAGUACUUCCCACACCCACCCAGUCUAACGAUGAACAACAGGUAAAUGAGGGUGAUAACUGUAGAUGUGUCUUAUCAGAUCACGGCCUCACUUCAGGAAGAUUUUUCUUUGAGGUUCAGGUAAGACGGCGAUCUAUGUGGACGUUAGGAGUGGCCACCAAGUCCAACAUGAAGAGACAAAUCCCACUGAGCCCCAACAAUGGUUUCUGGACUGUAAGUUUGGAGUACUUAGGUUGGUACUUUGCUGCUGCUGACCCACCAGUCCAUUUGUCUCCAAAGUCAAAGCCUCAGAAUGUGGGGGUGUUUGUGGAUUAUGAGGAAGGCCUAGUCUACUUUUAUGACACUGAUACUGCAGCUCUCAUCUAUUCCUUUACUGGCUGCUCCUUCACUGAUAAACUCUACCCGUUCUUCAGUCCAUGUCAGACUGAUGGUGUUAAAAUCCACACGGCUAGGGUACAGAGGGGUACAUUGUUCAACCCGGUCUUGAGGCAGCGACUAGGGCUCAAAUCCAGCCCAGACCCUUUGCUACAUGGCAUUCCCUCUCGCUCCUUGAUCCUUUCCGUUCCAAAUAAUCUGUGAUAAUUGAUCUAGUGUACUCUAAUUGUUUCUAUGGUGUACAAUCACUAUGUUGAAGUGUUAAAACAUAACGAAAAAAAAACGUGGCAAAAAGAGAAGCUUUUACAUAUCUGGGUGGUAAAGUCAAAAUGUUUAUUGUAUUAUGUAUAAAAAGUGUUGGAUUCUCAAAGAAAUGAAUAACAGUCAUCAUGAAUCCAACAGAUUUUAGUCAAAUGCUUUUGUCUCAUGUUGUGGUAAUUUUAUUUAAAAUAAUAAAACCCAAUGGAAAAAUCUUUGAUGGAGAUAUGGUCAGCUAAUUCAGAACAGAGAAACAGGCUGAAGACUUCAUCAAAGAGCUGGAGCAGGAAAUCUCUGAGCUGAAGAAGAGAAGCAGUGAGGUGGAGCAGCUCUCACUCUCUGAAGAUCAC